AUGCUAGGCCGGCCGCUAACGACAGCGGAGGCGGUGUGGCUGGAAGCGACGCGCGGCGUGGCGGAUUAUCAGCUGUACUGCUGCACUGUAGUGCUGCUCGUCAUUCUCUACACGGUCGCGUGCCUGCCGUACGCGAUAUUAGACUACCUCCGCCUGCCUUUCUUCGAGCAGUACCGCCUACAGCCCGCCGUGGCCCACUCGCUGGCCGACACGUGGAAGUGCUAUAAAGACGUGAUCGGCGUGAUGGUCACCACGAUCCUCCCCCUUCAGCUGCUCUCGUAUCCUUUCUUCAAGGUGCGCUCCCUUCAGCUCAUUUUGUAUCCUUUCUUCAAGGUGCGGUCCCUUCAGCUUCUCCCUUAUCCUUUCUUCAAGGCUCACUCCCCGAACCAACCCCUUUCGAGGCGCCUCAAAAGUCGUCCCCUAUUGAGGCGCCUCAAAAGCCGUCCCCUGGACCCGCCUUGCUCCAAUGGCGUGCAACACAGGCUCACUCCCCAACCAACCCCCUCCGCCAUGCCCUUCCGCUCAUACGGCUAUCCUCUCCCCGAUCCCCUCCCCCAUCCCCUCCCCCAUCCCCUACCCCAUCCCUUUCCCCAUCCCCUUCCCCAUCCCCUUUCCCAUCCCCUCCCCCAUCUCCCCCCCUUAUCCUCUCCCAAUUCCCAUCCUCCCUCCUCUCUUCGCCCUUUCCCUGUACCAUCAGGUAGCGGGAAUCACGACUUAGCAGGCAUCACGGCGUCUUUGCCGCUCCCCACGCUCUCCACGCUGGCUUUACAGCUGUUCGUCUUCCUUCUCGUAGAAGACUACGGCAACUACUGGAUCCACCGCCUCUUCCACCACCCGCUCCUCUACAAGCACAUUCACUACAAGCACCACGAGUACACGUCACCCAUGAGCGCCGCUGCCACGUACGCGCACUGGAUCGAGGUGCUGCUGCUGGGCGUGCCCACGCUCGUGGGGCCUGCGAUCGUGCAGUGCCACGUGGUCACGCUGUGGGUGUGGAUCCUGCUGCGACAGCUGGAGGCCAUCGAGACGCACUCAGGGUACGACUUCCCCUGGUCGCCAACGCGCCUGAUCCCGUUCUACGGGGGCCCUCGCUUCCACGACUACCACCACGAGGUGGGGGGAGAGAGCCACUGCAACUUCGCCUCCAUCUUCACCAUCUGUGACUGGCUUUACGGCACUGAUAAGGGCUACUAUGCCAAGGUGGCAGCCGAGGACAAGAUGAAGAAACUACGGGCAGAGAAGACAGGUCUGAAAAAUGAGUAG